GAUCACUAAAGAAAGGCGUCUGAUCUUUCAAAUUAGGGCAGCAAACCCAUUCUCCCAUCUAUAAAAAACCUACGUAACAACUGAUCUUUGCUUUUGUAUAUUGAACCUCAGAGAAGUUGCUUGCUACUACCCAUUACGGCAAACAAGAUGGGCAAACGUAAGAUGGAGAUGAAAGUAAUAGAGAAUGAGAAGGCUCGGAAGAGGGUUUUUGAAAAAAGAAGGAAUAAUUUGUUGAAGAAGGCUAAGGAGUUAUCAAUUCUUUGUGAUAUUAAGAUAUUGGUCAUCAUCUUUGAACUAGGUCAACCGAAGGCUCAGAUUUGGCCUGGUAAUGAUGAGGAAGCUACGCAAAUCAUCAACAGAUUCAAGCAGCAGCCUGUUAAAGGUGGUAGCCAAAAAGCUUACUGUGAUAGUUUUGCAAGUAAGAAGAAAAAUUUUGGUGAGAAAUUUCCUAUGAUCAAUCGUUUCUCUGAGAAUCAGCUUCAAAAUUUGUGUUAUGAAUUGGAUGCCAAGAUGGCUGCUGUGAUGAAUGCAAUUAAAUCAAAACAGGUCUUGACAGAAGGACCUAUGCCGAAUAUGAUAGCUGCUGAGUGUCAAGGAAAAGGAUUCUUAAACAAUGGGAGGGGAAAGGAAGUUGAUAUCUACCAAGAGCCUAUUCCUAUCCAACAAGACCAGAGUUUUGAGAUGCUCUACCAUAAACCAAAUUUCAUGGAAAGUCCAAUGAUGGUGAUGCAGAAUGAUAUCAGCUAUCCUCAGUUUGAUGGCAGUACUGGCAGUAGCAAUAUUCCUUAUGUUCCAUUGCCGAUUCAUCAUGUUGAUCCAUCGUGGAUGCAACCAGCUUACGUGAGCUACUAUGACCCAACCAUCCAUCAUAUUCCACCAGGCACUUAUUAUCCUGUGAUGCCAAGCUUUCCCUCCCUGAUGAAUGAGUCAGGCUAACAAGUUGUCUGCUAUUCGUCACCGACAAAGGGCCCUUAAGGCUUAAGCCCUUCUUUAUCUUCCAUUUUAUGCAAGUCUUCUUUUGGUCGUUAAAGACCAAUAAACUUUGGAUAUUCUUU